UAAGUACAACUCGUUUUUUAUAAUUUUUUAUUCUUUUUUCCUGGGAGUCGCAUUCUGUGUAUUACGGUAGUCAUCGGGCUCCGCCCCUGUUCCAGCAGCUGUUCAUCCAAGGUCGGACGGUGACUCUGCGGGCUGUCCUUCUGUCGCUGUGACGAACUACCGACACAACGAGCAGGAGAUCAGGGAUCACGCGAGUCAGUAGAGAUUCCACAUGAUGUUACCUGAGCAUCUGAAGCAAAUCAGAGUCCUUAUGCUUAACAACGAGGAAAAUCUGGAGAGAACUCUGUUCAGACUGGAACAAGGGUUUGAGCUGCAGUUUCGCCUGGGUCCGAGCCUUCAAGGGAGGAGGGUCAUAGUUCACACCAACUACCCGCUAGAAGGACAGAAGUUCAUUCGCAAAAACUUCCGCGUGCUGUCGUGGAACUACCCAACUGGAAGGGAGGAUGACUCUGACAAGUAUUGCUCUCUGGAGCUGAAGAUAGCCGGGUCCUACCAGUACUACUUUGGAUCUGCAGACGUGGAGAGGUUAGGAGGAGGCUACAUCACCGUUGACCCUGUCCUUCGCGUUGGAGCGGAUAACAGCGUCCUCCCAUUGGACUGCAUUACCAUCCAGACAUACCUGUCCAAAUGUCUGGGAAAGCUGGACGACUGGCUGGACAGAUUAAGAGUAGCCAAGGAGUCAGGAUACAACAUGAUCCACUUCACUCCCCUGCAGACCUUGGGAGAGUCCAGGUCCUGUUACUCCUUAGCUGAUCAGCUGACCUUCAGUCCCGAGUUCAGCUCCGAUGGAAAAAAAUACACCUGGGAAGAUGUUGGCGUUCUGGUGGAGAAACUCAGGACCGAAUGGAAUAUGCUGUCUAUCACUGACGUGGUUUAUAAUCACACUGCUGCGAACAGCGUGUGGAUCAGAGAACAUCCAGAGUGUGGGUACAACCUGGUCAACUCCCCUCAUCUCCGCCCUGCUUGGGUCUUAGACAGAGCCAUCUGCCAUCUGUCCACCAGGGUAGCAGGCGGGUUCUACAAAGACAAGGGACUUCCUGCUGACAUCACCGACGAGAGCCAUCUCAGCGUAUUCCAAAGCAUUUUUUGGCAGGACAUCUUUCCACGGAUCAAACUGUGGGAGUUCUACCAGGUCAACGUGGAAAAUGCUGUGGAGCAAUUCCGAGUCCUUCUGCAAAACGACACUAAGCCAGAUCCUAGUAAGACAAAAGGGAAUAAGGGUCUGAAGAUUCUCCAGGACCCUGAAUACCGUCGCCAUGGCAGCACCGUGGACAUGGACUCUGCUUUGGAGACUUUUGUACCUCACAGCUCGUCGCCACAACACAUUGAGGAGUGCUGUGGUUGGCUGAAACAAAGGUUGACUGAGCUGAAUGAGGAACAAUAUCAGAUUGUCCACCAGCAUCAAGAGCAGGCAGUCAACUGUGUUCUGGGAAACAUAGUUUACGAGCGUCUGGCUGACCACGGUCCCAAACUGGGUCCCAUCACCAGGAAACACCCUCUUGUUACCAGGUAUUUUACCUUCCCAUAUGAGGACACGCCUCUAGAACAAGAGUUGGAGCUGCUGGACCAACCGGAGAAGAUGUGUCACUUCUUGGCUCACAACGGUUGGGUGAUGGGUGACGAUCCGCUGCGCAACUUUGCAGAACCAGGCUCAAAUGUGUACCUACGUCGAGAGCUGAUCUGCUGGGGGGACAGUGUCAAACUACGCUAUGGGAAUGGACCUGAGGACUGCCCAUACCUGUGGGACCACAUGCAGAAAUACACUGAAAUUACAGCCAAAUAUUUCCAUGGAGUCAGACUGGACAACUGUCAUUCUACACCGUUACAUGUUGCUGAGUUCAUGUUGGAUGUGGCCAGAAGAACGUGUCCUAACCUGUAUGUGAUUGCUGAACUGUUCACUGGCAGUGAGGCGCUGGACAACGUCUUUGUCACCAGGCUAGGGAUAACGUCACUCAUACGAGAGGCCAUGUCAGCUGGUGACAGUCAUGAGGAAGGCCGACUGGUCUACCGCUACGGCGGGGAGCCGGUAGGAGCCUUCGUCCAGCCCAGCCUAAGGCCGCUGAUGCCCUCCAUCGCCCACGCCAUGUUUCUGGAUGUGACUCAUGAUAACGAGUGCCCUAUCCAGCUUCGCUCGGCCCUCGACUCUCUCCCUAGCUCUGCUGUAGUUUCUAUGGCCUGCUGUGCGACUGGCUCCACCAGAGGAUACGAUGAACUAGUUCCACAUCAGAUUUCUGUGGUGAAAGAGGAGCGUUUUUACCCCAAGUGGAACCCCUCCGCAGCCCCCACCUCUACUGGUCAGGUUGGACUCCAGAACGGCAUCAUUGCUGGGAAGUUGGCCCUGAACAAACUACACCAGGACCUGGCUGCUCGGGGUUUUGGACAGGUUUAUGUUGACCAGGUUGAUGCAGAUAUUGUUGCAGUAACUCGUCACUGUCCCAGCACGCACCACUCUGUAGUAACGGUGAGCAGGACGGCCUUCAAGGACCCCAAAAAGAACCAGUAUGACGACAACGUUCCCCCCAUGUUCAUUCCUGGUAAAAUAGAGGAGAUUGUCUUGGAGGCGAGGACAGUUGAGAGGGAUGCUGGUUCUUACAAAAGGGAUGAGAAGUUCAUCAACGGCAUGCCAGAGUACACCGUGGAAAUAAAGGAACAUAUAAAGUUAGAGGAGAGCACGGUGGUGAAACACGCCGGAGUGACGUCUAAAGGUCGAUCAGAGUUUGUACAGGAAAUCAAGUUCCAGAAGCUGACACCUGGCAGCGUUGUUGCCUUCAGAGUUAGCCUGGACCCCAAAGCCCAGAAGCUGGUGGGUGCGUUGAGGUUUUAUCUGUCCCAGUUCAGCCCAAAGUACAGGAGAGGCAGCGUUCCAGAUGAAACCCCCACAGACAUCCUGCAGAAACCGCUGGCUCAGCUGAUGUCCAAGCUGACGUUAGCAGACAUGAACAUUUUGCUGUUUCGCUGUGAAGCAGAAGAACAAGAGGAUGGUGGAGGCUGUUACAGCAUCCCCGGCUGGGAGAGCCUGAAAUAUGCUGGACUACAAGGUCUGAUGUCAGUGUUGGCAGACAUCCGACCCAAAAACGACCUGGGACACCCUCUGUGUGCUAACCUCAGGGACGGAGACUGGCUGAUCGACUUUGUGUCCAACAGGCUGAUUCACAGAGAAGAACCACUGGCACAGGUGGGUCAGUGGUUGGCAGCCAUGUUUGACUACCUGAAGCACCUUCCUCGCUACCUCAUCCCCUGUUACUUUGAUGCCAUUCUGGUGUCCACCUACAGCACGGCCAUAGAUGCAGCUUUCAAGCUCAUGUCAAGCUUCAUCCAGAAGGGUUCCACCUUUGUCCGUCACCUGGCGCUCGGCUCAGUCCAGAUGUGUGGUGUUGGACGCUUUCCUGCUCUGCCUCCUAUUUCAGUCAAAGUAAAGGAUGUCCCUUACCGCAUCAGUCCCAUCACUGAGCAGAAGGAGCAGUGCUGCGUCUCACUGGCAGCAGGUCUUCCUCAUUUCUCUGCAGGGAUUUUCCGUUGUUGGGGCAGAGACACGUUCAUCGCUCUCAGAGGCCUGAUGCUGAUUACAGGGAGACAUUCUGAGGCUCGCAACAUCAUCCUAGCCUUUGCAGGAACUCUGCGUCAUGGUCUGAUCCCUAACCUGCUGGGAGAGGGCCGCUGUGCCAGAUACAACUGCCGUGACGCGGUGUGGUGGUGGCUGCAGUGCAUCCAGGACUACACUAAGCAUGUUCCUGAGGGCCACGACAUCCUCACCUGUCCUGUCACACGCUUAUACCCCACUGAUGACUGUGAACCCCGCAGUCCUGGAGAGGUGGAGCAGCCUCUCUAUGACGUCAUCCAGGAGGCUCUGCAGCGCCACCUGGAGGGAAUUUCCUUCAGAGAGCGGAACGCUGGACCCGAGAUAGACAAGAACAUGAGGGAUGAAGGGUUUAACGUGGUAGCCAGGGUGGACCCAGACACGGGUUUUGUGACUGGAGGAAACCGGUUUAACUGUGGGACCUGGAUGGACAAAAUGGGGGAGAGUGAAAGAGCAAGGAACAAAGGGAUGCCUGCAACUCCGAGAGAUGGAGCAGCAGUGGAGAUUGUUGGUCUCUGUAAAUCAGCUGUUCGCUGGGUUGUGGAGCUACAUGCUAAAAAGCUGUUUCCGUAUGAGGGCGCUAAAGUGCACAGAGAGGGUGAAGACGUGUUUGUCUCUUACUCCCAGUGGAACCAGCAGCUCCAGCAGUCCUUCGAAGCUGUCUUCUGGGUGUCUGGAGACCCACACGACCCUAACGAGAAGCAUCUAGAACUGGUCCAUAAGAAGAACAUUUACAAAGACAGUUCUGGAGCUUCCAGCCCAUGGUGUGACUACCAGUUGAGACCUAACUUUACCAUCUCCAUGGUGGUGGCUCCAGAACUCUUCACACCCGAUAAAGCCUGGAGGGCUUUGGAGGUCGUAGAGAAGAAGCUACUUGGACCACUUGGAAUGAAAACACUUGACCCUGAUGACAUGAUGUACUGCGGCGUCUACGAUAACGCUCUAGACAACGACAACUACAACCUGGCAAAGGGGUUCAACUACCAUCAAGGACCGGAGUGGCUGUGGCCAGUUGGCUAUUUCUUGCGUGCUAAACUCUACUUUGCCAAGCUGCUUGGGGAGGAGGCCUACACCAGGACGGUCACACUAGUGAAAAAUGUUCUGUCUCGUCAUUACACUCACCUGGAAAGAUCUCCGUGGAAAGGCCUUCCGGAGCUGACCAACGAGGACGGCCGACACUGCCCUUUCAGCUGUGAGACCCAGGCCUGGUCCCUGGCCACUGUCCUGGAGGUCCUGUAUGACCUGUAGAGGCCCACUGAGACGGCGCAUCACCGCCUCUCUAACGUGAUCCCAGCGGUUUGAGUGAUGAGUUUAACAGAAUCAGCAGCGUUCUCUAGAAUAACGGCUCAGAGACGGGGUCCUCCUGACUAUUUUAAACAUAUUUAGUCGUUCUGAAGUGCAUUUCUGUACACAGCGUUUAAAUGUUACCGUACCCUCUAGUUCUUUUAUCAGUGCAAUCUGUUUCUAUACCUCAGACCGGUUUUCCAUGGGCAGGGGUCACUUCUCUGGACCUGUCCAGUGUCUAAAGGCCAUUUGUUUUGUGCCACUGGUAGAAAUGUCUGCUCUCUCUGUCUUUAGAGAUUCCACCUCCAUCUUUUUAAGAUCUGGACACAAAUGUGUCUCUUUGACAUGUUGCUUUGAGAGAGAACCUACAGAACUGAGCCUCGCAGCUCCCUCCAGCACACGUGCAGUUGUUCUGAGAGCUACGUGAAGCGUGUCUGACUGGUUUGGAGUCUUCACAGGUCAGGGUGUAGCUCCUUGGUCACACGAAUGGUGGAUUUUACCGACGCUUCAUUCCCGGAGUUUUUGGAGGCUUUUACCAGCUGUUCCGUAUAAAGGCAGCAUCUCACCCGUUGUUUGCGGUUUUAUUUUAACAGUUUAAACAGAAGAAUCAAAAGAAAACACCAAUAAGACAUUUUUACCAGUGUUUGAAAUGUUGAGAUGAAAUUAAAUGUGCCGCUGCUGAUGAGAUCUCUAGAGCUAAAAGAGAAGAGAACAGCAGCUGCGGCACGACUGGAGCUUUUAAGGUUGGUAGUGAUGAAGAUGAGGAGGCAUUAGAAAACAGUUCAGAGCUAAUCAUAAACACACAGUUAGCCUCCAGAUAUAGAGGCCUAAUGAGAGCGGGACAAGGUGAGACGGACCUGAUGAUGACAUCAUCACCUGUUUUAAAGCAGGAGUCUGAAAACAAACACCUGAGCAGGUGUUGGUGUCCAAUGGGGCCUGGAUCUGUGAACACGUGGAUUAACCCUUUCCCACACACACACACACACACACACACACACACACAGUCUGAUAAAAAUGCUUUACAAUGUCUCUUCUGUUCCUCUAAAAGCUUCACAGGUCCAUGGGACGACCUGGUGUUCUAGUCCUAAAACCAAGUUGUGCAUGAGUGUUUGGCAUUAGUACUUUAAAUCACUCUCCAUGAUGUUCCAUACUAAAAGUGGUUGUUACACACUCACUCUCUCACCAAGAUGGAGAUUGACACAAGCGCAGUGCUGAAACUUGUGAAAUCAUUCUGAUAAAUGUGUAAUUCUGCGUGUGGUUUUGGUUUAAAAUAACAUAAUUAGAUCACAGCUGUCACAUUUGGAUUCUGGAUUAUUCGACUUGAGUCAGAAAGCAGUCGGCGAUUCUGGUGGAUGGACACCCGUCUGCUCUGUAUCGUUGAUGCUGAAUAAAGUAGUACAGUAGCACGA